AUGCUAGAACUCAUCCAACAUAGAAUGCUUGUCGUAGAUGUGGACAAGAGGUGGCCUAUCAGUCUUGUGUGUAGAGAGAUCUUAGAUAUUAGAUCUUCACUACCAAAACUCGAGCAUACAGAGGACUUGCUUUUGGGAAUCGGUGUGGGAGCGGAGCAGGCAUAA